CGUUCUUUCCACUUAUUAUAUACUGAAAGAUAAAUCAGACAUGUAAAUAGGAAGCGGAAGAGAAAGGAGAAACGGGAUCAAAGUGUGAGCGAAACAAAAGGACGCAGAACUCGUAUGUAGUAAGAAGGAAUAGAGGAAAAGAGAAAAAACGAAAGAGAAUCGAUUAAAAUCGGAAAUCAAAAGCAGUUGCGAAUAGGAACGGAAGGACAGGAAGGGACACAGAGAAUCAGGGAGAGACGAGGGAGAGACGUCCUUGCUCCGGAGUAGUCUGUAACUGUGCCCUCGUGCGUACAGGCGCUUGUGGAGAACCGGUAAUAACGUGAAAGUGCAUCCACGAGGAGCGAGGCAGGCAGGCAGGCAAGCGGGCAGGCCGCCGUUCUCUUGGCAGUCUCUCCUCGUCCAGGACAAUCCCUUGGAUCGUGGCCGGGCCGCCGACUUGGAGAAAUUGUCUGCCUCUCGACGAUCGAAGUGCCCGCCUGACCGAGGUGGCGAACGUCUCGUUCGCCGCGCGGUCGCUCAGUCGCCUCCUUUCUUCGAGUGCGUUUUCGCCGCAGCCACCGAUCUCCGGACCUUUGUUUUUCUCCUCUCUUAUUCCUCUUCGUGCGUUUAAAGGUGGUCUCCGAACAGUUUUCAGUGAGGUGAUUUUUGAUAAAUCCUUUUAUUUGUCUUGUGAAAAACGUGACUUUGCCAAUUGGAAACGGAGUUUUAUCCACACAUUCGACGAUUUAGCGAACGGGACGCCAAUAUCCUCAAAGCGGAAAGCGGGAGCGUGCAGGAGAUGUAUCUUGCCGAUAUCCAGGCUUGCGGUUCUUAAAAAAAACAUAAAAAAACGCACGGAAACGGACAAUCGAUCGUCCUCGCAUGGUCAUCCAUUGAUACGCAUACGCUGACGAGGGAAAGAAAUUCGCGAUGGUCCUCGUAACUCUUCGAGCCCGCCAAGUUCUGAAGGAGCGCUGACAAAGCGCGAGAGCGCAAUCGCAGGGCAGGAAGAAAAAAAAAUGACCGUCGCGAUGGAGCACAAGCGGAAGAGCUCGUGGGACUCGAAGAUUUCGGUGAGCACGGUGAGCACCCGAAGAUUCAGCCGUGCCGGAACACCAAGCUCGAUCUUGUCGUCCGACAGCGACAUCCGCUUCACAAGGAAACUCGGCGGACAGUAUCGCUGUGGAUGCUGCGUCCUUGCCGCCUUCUUGUUCUUUCUUCUCUUCUCGGGAGUCUCCAUAUACCUCGGCUACACAUUCCUCACGUCGGAUCCACCCGGGGACCAGAUAUUUCUCGCGACAUUCCGAGUUACCAAAGGCGAUUCCUUCACCGCGGAACUGGCUGAUCCCUCUACUGAAGCCUUCCGGAUACGGUCGCGAGAGUAUCGCGACCGCUUUAAUCUUAUUUUCCGUCGCAGCUGGCUGAAAUUAUCGUUCCUCGCAGCGGACGUCCUGGCGCUCGACGGGGUGGAAGGGCGCGAUUUGGUGGUGCACUUUGAUGUGAGGUUCGAUCCGCGAUAUCAGACUAUAACUACCGGGAAUAUCGUGGACAUUCUGUCGCGGGAAUUGAAUCCCGAAACUUCGCGGUACCUAGCAAAUCUAACGAUAGAAGCUAAGAGCCUCGAAGUGCAGGAAAGCUUGAAGGCCCUCAACGCGCAGAGCAGUCUGCAGUCGACCGCCUCGACGAUACCGCCGACAACGACAGCACCUCCGCCAAGAAGAUGCAGCAAGCUGGACUUAUCCUACUGCAAACAUCUCCCUUACAAUAUCAGCUCGUAUCCGAAUAUGUUAGGACACAGAUCGCUGGUGGAAGUCGAGGAAGAUGUUAUCGCUUUUAGAGAACUGGUGGAUGCGGAAUGCUACUCGAUGGCCUACGACUUCGUCUGUCAGGUGUUGCAGCCUGCGUGUCGGUCGAGUCAACCGGAGGAUCUGCUGCAAUUGCCUUGCAGGAGCUUCUGCAGGGAGUUCUGGAACGGCUGCGGCAGUCGUCUCCCUGAGAAGAUAAAACGCGCCUUGGAUUGCUCCAACUUUCCAGAGUACGAUGGUCCUGGUACUUGCAGACCGAAGCCAGGAUGCGUGCAGGCGCUUCAGUCGAAAGCUUUAUCUCCGAGGAUUUGCGACGGCGUGAUAGAUUGUCCGGAUCUUUCUGAUGAGAAGAAUUGCGCAUACUGCAGAGAUGGUUACAUGCAUUGCGGAGUAGGAAGAUCCUGUGUACCGCAUACGAAGCGAUGCGAUGGCAAGAUGGACUGUCCGAACGGCAGCGACGAGAAGGACUGUCUAUUCUUGGCGCCGAGCGUUCGCGAAUUAAGAUCACAAUCCUGGAGCACGCCGCACAUUGCGAAGUACAACAAAGAGGGCUACGUUGUAUUCAAUGAGAAAGGUACCAUCGGCAAACUUUGCACAGCAAAUUUAAACGCUACUCUACCAGAAACGGAAAUGGAUAACGUUCUUCAAACGGCAGCGAGUUCAUUGUGCACUUUACUCACGUACACUGGCGUAGCUUCCAUUGAAGUGAGAACUGAUGACGAAGAUGACGUCCCGUACGUGUAUAUGGAAGAUCCUUUAGCACCAGAAAUCACUUUUGUCCGGGCUCCUUGCCCCAGCAAAGAAGUUCUAUACGUUCGAUGUUCCAAUCUCGAGUGUGGAGUACAAUCUCUACGUGCUAAUAGUGGAACUAAUGGUCUCAAUAAGAUGGCAGAACCUGGCGAUUGGCCUUGGCAUGUCGCACUCUUCAAGGAGGGAGUUCACGUUUGUGAUGCCACCCUCGUGGCAGACAAUUGGUUGCUCACAACCGCGUACUGUUUCCAAGGUCAACCGAAAGCGGAAUGGUCGGCCCGACUUGGUGUCGUACGACUUUCGAGCACGUCACCCUGGGAACAAGAACGUAGAAUCGUCGGUAUGAUCAAAUCACCGGUGGAGGGCACGACCGUUCUGGUGAAGUUGGAUAGACCGGUGACGACCUUUUCGGACUUCGUGAGACCGGUUUGCCUGCCCUCCAGCGAGGAUCCACCGAGCAAUACAUCGCAAUGUAACACACUUGGAUGGGCGAGAAAUCGCGAUUUACUACAAAGAGUACAACUUAAGCAUAGUGCAAUGGAGAAAUGCGAAAAUAUCAGCAUCCCUUCAGUAAAUAGUGUUUGUACCGAGCAAGCAUACUCAUCGGACGAUUGCAACGAAGAAGAGCUUGCCGGUAGUUCAAUGCUUUGUCUUCAAGAGGAUGGUCGAAGAUGGGCGCUGACGGGCAUCGGUAGCUGGAGGAUAGCUUGUUCGAAAGAUGGCCUCGAGAGGCCUCGAUUAUACGAUAAAAUUUUGUCGCAUAUCGAUUGGAUUAAAGCUACCAUUGGCUAAGAGAUUGAUCUACGAGUUGACACAUGAUAAACGUCGAACUCGAACUAGACCUAUGCUCGACGAACAUACGACGGAUCGUGGAUGAAAAGAAACGUCCAUUCUAUUAAAACAUGAAACUGAUAUAAUAUAUAUAUCGAAAUUGUGAUAGAAAUUUCUAAACUGUUAUGCAUGCCGAUAGAGUCUCGAUCCGUCUUGUACGAAUACAUGUUGCUGUUAUCAAUGCAUAAUUUUAUCAGACACAACAGUGUUCUGAUCACUGGAACGUGCAAUCGUAUUCUUGUAAAUAUCUAACGUUCUCUUUAUUUAGGAUAUGAAAGAUCUUCGUUACCGUGGCAUAACUUUUUAACUUAUUUUCCUCGCCCUACCUUUACCCUACCAUGCGUAUAUAUAGUUGCUUUCUACGUUAUCUCUUAGAUUCAUAUCAUUAUUUUAGUUAUUACAAUUUAUCUACGUUUGUAAGAUCGUUUAAAAAUUAAAGUUUCCUAAAAUAAUAA